AGUUUUCAGAUUUGUUUUCUACAAUGAAUUAACUGAGAACUUGAGUCUGAUAUAUAAUGGCUUCUCCGAACUCAAAAGUUUUCUCCAAACCACCGGUUUUUGGCGAUAUAGUUCUGGUUCCUAAAUUGAAGGUAGGAAUUCUAAAGAGUGGUAAGAGACAGCGAGAUAUGAGAGAGGGACAGGAGAAUGUGAAGAAGAAAUUAAAAAUGGCACCCAACAAAAAGGCUGAAACUGUUGGCGAGGUCUCGGACUCUGAUGAUGACUGGGCCUCUGAUUCUUCUGAAGUAUCCUCUGUACAGAUAUUUGAGCCGAGAUCUAAUGAUGUUCUUGAAUCUCUAGAAACAGAUCUUAACCAAGUUUUGUAUUCUACGUCUAGUCUGCCAUCUGCUUUAGUCAAGAGUCCUAAUGCUGCGAGUAUGGCUUACGAUGAUUCUGAUUCUGAUGUAGAAAUUCUAGAGGAAAAGAAUGUAAAAGGGGGUGAGGUAUUGGAGCCUGUAGCUGUUAAUGGACUGGGACGCUUUAUACGCAAUCCUCUGUACUCCGGUACCCCGAGUCGAUCGAGUUCUGCUCUUUCUGGGGAAAGUAUUACAAUCUUAGAGGAUCAAACGAAGAACGUGAACAUGAACAUGAAAGAAGCUUACAUAAAGCUGGAAAGGUUAUCCCCAAGGAAGCUGUCAAGAAGCUGUGAAGUUGACUAUAUCUCUGGAAUCGUGAAGAAGGAGCAGAAGAGAGUUCGUGUGGAUGUGGCUGGUCCUAGGUCCUUCCUAGUUCCUCACAGACAAGCUAGAACUCGUCCUUCUCCGAACUCAGCCGUUUUUUCGGACGUUAAAGUUUUUGAUGAAAAAGGUGUGUUCUGCUCUCUUCAGGAAAUCCAAACCAAGACAAUGUAUUUCUGUGGAUCGGUCGGCGAGAACUUUUAUCCUAAAGUUGGACCGAUUGAAAGGUAUGAGAAAAAGUAUAAUAAAUUGACCUGUAAACAGAUCUGUACCCUCCUUCAUGUCGAGGACAACGUCUACUCUGUGGAGGUCGGGUCUUUCUCAACAAAGUACCUGAACUUUCUCAGUUGGAAUAUCUCGAUCGAUACAAGUUUCUUCUGUAAAUCCUCGAAAACCGCAUCCCUUGAUCUCCCAAAGAAGAUUAAACAAAACUCUUCAUCGGGUCCCAAGAAACAGAUAUCUGUGAAGACAGUUCUUACCUCCCUGGGUCUAACAGAAAAGGAUGGUGCUGCUCUGGCGGACGCUGUUCCUGCUGUCAAGGAGUUUAAGGACACGAACACCUUGAGUAUGAUAGCAGCGUUCCUGAAAUUCCUUGUGGAACGGCAAAUAAGGUGGGAAUACCGGCGAGAAGGAAAGGAGGAUCCGGGAACGGAUCCUAUAUUUAAACACCACAAAUUCACAAACCUUGCUCGAGAACUAGACCGGGGAACCCAGUUCCUGAGAGAACAGAUCCUUCCCCUUCUUCUCGCCUCGAAACCCAGAUCAGAGGCUCUGUCUUCAGUCCUGUUUAAGAGUAUAACUUACAGACUGAUGAACAAAGUAGAAACUUUUAUAAGAUGUCCUGUCGGUAUACCUGAUCUUGCUAAGGCUGAUGAGUUCCUUGAGUUUGUGAAGAAUGAGAUGGACAAUGGGUUUCCUGUAUUUACUUCCGUUCAUCAAAACAUGGGUUGGGAGAGGUAUAUGCAGACUGUCUGUUUUUGUCAGAAAAAUAUUCUUAAGCUCUGUGAUCAGCUCAGGAGUAGUUCAGUCCUAGAAGAGUGUUUCGCUGUGAUAAAAAGCAUUCCCAAUGUGGGGUCCUUCUUUGCCUGGCAAAUCCUAUGUGACCUCACAGAAGCCAGCGUUAUCACAGUGAACUCCUUAGACGACUGGGCUGAACUUGGUCCCGGAGCUUGUAAAGGAUUGAUGUAUAUCUUCAAGUGUAGUUCAAGUGAGCAAUUCUCCCUCCUGAAGAAACUUACUGUAAUCAUAAAGCAAGCGGACAGUAAAUAUUCAUCACUCAGCAUACCACCUCCCUUGAAAAUAAACUGCAAACUUGUUGAACACGCGUUGUGCGAGUUCUCAAAAUACUGCAGGUUUGCGAAUGAAGUUCCUAAGAAGAAGUUUACAUCUAGAGCAUGGUUGGAUGAUUCUAAGAAGUGCGAGAUCUGCCACGAAGUGGCGAGGUAUGGAAAUCUCGUCUCAUCUAAUCUUCUUUGUAUCCUCUGCAACCGAAAGUUUCAUACGGAAUGUUUAGAAGUAAAGAUACAGUGUCCAGUUCAGUUCUGCUGCACCGACUGUGAAGUUCUCAGAAAUGAUUGUUAAUUAUUCACGAUUAUUUUUGAAGGAGAAUACGGAAUGAUAGUUGUGUUUGUUUUCUCAAUUUGGCUUUGAGCAUUUAUAUUUUAUUCUAAUAUCUGGUCGACUAGUAGUUCAGCGUUUUACUUAUGAAAGCUCAAUCAGCUAAAAAUCGAUGAAACAUAAACUUCAAAUGUGUUGGAUCAAAAUAGCAUUCAGACAUUUUUUUCUGUGAUAUUACAUGUUAUAAAUGAAAAUUUAUUUAGUUAUUCUAAAUAUUGUAGCAGAGCUUAAAUUCAAUAAUGUACAAUUCUUUCAAACCCCAGUUUUUGAGUGAAAAGAAUUAUUAUCAUAGAUUCCUGAAACUAAAAUCUGCCAAAACUGUUUUGUCAAAGGAAACUUGCUAGGCUGGCCUUUUAGUUCCCUAUUUAUUUUGUAAAACAGAAAAUUUUGUUUUUAUUCGAGUAACAAAAUUUAGUUACUAUUAUAUUACUUUGUUACUAUUGUAUGUAUAUUAGGAAAUUAAAUGUUUUAUUUGUGUAAUGUGCCAUAUGACAACCGUGUAAUUAUCCUGUGCGGUAUUUUUCUAGCACCCAAUUUAAAACUUUCGAUAAAUAUAGAAUUAUAUAAUCAAAA